AUGUCGAACCUCGGGCCAAUUGGCAGCAGCCUGCCCUCGGCCGCAAAGGCGGAGCAGAGCAACAGCCUGCUUCACCUCCUCAAGUUCAGCGGUGCUGGCCAGCAGUCACAGCAGGCUUCCUCCCAGGCUGGCUCGGUCGGCUCGCAUGGCUCUCGCCACGGCUCCUUCCACGGAUCGCAGGCCUCGCCGACUGUCUCGCAGCCUCACCAGGGCUCUUUUGACGGCAGCGUGAGCCGGCCCACGAUCCACGCACCCGUCCCCAAGCCUGUCGAUCCGCAGGGUCUGCUGGCGACGUUGAUGAAGGGCAACCACAUGCACCAUGAACAGCAUGCUCAUGAGCAGCCUGCAGCCCAGCCAGCCAACUGGAACACUGGCGCUCCGCCUGCCGACACCCAGGCCUAUCUCCUCAACCUCCUCAACCGUCCCAAGCCAUCUCAGCAUGACCAGACCUCGACCAAUGAGUCGUCGCAGCCUGCCACAAUGACACCGCCCUCGACCAACGAGUCCACCGUAGACCACUCCAGAGACUAUGGUCACCAGCGGCUGUUGCUUGAACAGCAAGAGGCACACCAUGAUCCACACCCUCACAGCUACGGUUAUGUCAACGAGUAUGCGCCAUCGCCGCCGGCGAAACACGAGUUUCAAUCACCUGCCGUUCAGCACGAGCCCACACGCCACGUCACAAAGUUCGACUAUGCUAAUCCAUUCGAUGACUUUGCAGCCGCUUCUUCGCCACAAAACAGGACUCCCAAGUCGUCCACGCCUGGCACGUCCACUACGUACACGGAGCAGCACUCGCACAAUGGCACGUCCGCGCCGUAUCAGAUCCUCAAAAAGGCUCCUAGUGCUGCCUCGUCCCCGGGACAUGCCCGCGACCAGAAAUGGGCCGGGCAGGCAGCACAGCAGGAGCCAAGCCAGGCCACGCCGCAUGGCGAACAGGAGCAUGACCAGCAUCCCACGCCGCCCAACGGCGCUGGCGAGCAUGGUGAUGCACACAAAGAAACUGUUUCCGAGGCAAUCCAUGAUCUCGCUGGAAAGGCAGAUCAGGAGGCACAGGAAGCGUUGGCUCGUGCAACGGGGCACGGCGUACAUGGCCACAUUGCUGACGAGCUUGAGCACAUGAUGAGCGCCAAGACCGAUGCCGAGUUUCGCAAGACUGCAGAGGCCGCGGCCAAGGACAUCCAAUAUGAGCUGGACCGACCCGAGAACCGUGGACUGCUUGAGCAGGCCUAUCCGCCUGAUGUGGCUCAGACUAUCCGGGGCAUCGUCGAUGAGACAGCCCAAGGUGUGGCAGACAGCUGGGAAAGCGCUGAAGCUGACGACAUCGUCGUCAUCGAGGAGGAGUCCGAGCCCGUCAAGGUGUACAACUUUCCCAUGAAGCCUUGGAUCUCAAUCACCAUGCUCGAGAGCGAAGAGCCUCGGCCCCAGUUCCGAGACGAUGUCGUCCUCGAUAUCGCCCGCCUCAAGAAGGAUUUCGAUCAGAUCGAUCGCAACCUUGUCUGCGCCACGGAGUCGUACAUGGUCUACGGCAUGUCGAAGGCUGGGGGCUUGCGCGUGAUUCGCCAGGAAGACGGCAAGGAUGCCAAGCUUUUCACCGAUACAAAGGAUCGCAUCUUCAAUGUUUCGGUCUCCACUACGCCGGCCGACAUGGAUGCCACACCCAAGGAGUCAAUCAUUGGCACAGGUAUCAGUGGCACUGUCUACUACGUGCAGAUCAAGAAUGGAGACAAGGACCACCUCGACGAUCCCCACCCAGAGCAGCAUGGUUUCGCUCUCCCUCCUGUCACUAACAAUCAGGAGGGUGAUGCUCCUGGCGGUGUCUUGAAGACCCGUGCCAGGAUCUCUUCAUCGCAUCCCGAAUUCUUUGCUGUUGGACGUGGCAAGACUAUUAACAUCAUCUGGCCCGCAUACAUCAUGCAGAACAACUUGUUCAAGGCAGGACACGAUCGUGUGGUGGACACUGAGCUGCUCACCAAGCAGUGUGCCUUGAAGAUCAACACUGGAAAGGCUGGCAAGGACUUCACCUUCAGUCAGGAUGAUACCACCAUCGUGUCGCUUGACAAGUCCGGCCGGGUCAAGUUCUGGGAUGUGCGCGAUCUGACAGCGGCGCAAGAGGGAUCCGACUCGCGGUUCCCGAUGCCAGCACACACAUCCCUGGAGAUCAAGGAGCCCCUGUUGACCCUCAACACCACUCCAGAGGGCGAGAAAGCGUGGCCGACUUCUGUGUUAUUGCUGGAUAAGCAACGGCCCUACCAGAAGAGAUGUGCCCUUCGCUAUAUGAUUGUCGGCAUGAAGCAGAAUCACACCUUGCAAUUGUGGGAUCUGGCCCUUGGCAAGCCUGUUCAGGAGUUCAACCUACCCCAUUCCAAGGAGUCCGAUGCUGUUUGCAGCGUCAUGUACCACCCGCCAACCGGCAUGAUUGUUGUUGGCCAUCCGACACGCAACUCGAUCUAUUUCCUCCACCUGUCGGCCCCGAAGUACACGAUUAAGGGUCUGUCACAAGUCGACUAUAUCCAAAAGCUGGUUGCGAAGGAUUCUUCCAUCCCCGAGCCUGACUCGACUGCUGUCAUUAGCGGUGUGCGCGAGUACUCGUUCGCGAACAAGGGCAUCCUGCGCAGCCUGGAUAUUCUUGUCAACCCUGCUGCAUCGUCUGAUGGGGAGGAGCAGACGCUUUUCGAGCUCUACGCGAUGCACUCAAAGGGCAUGACCGGUAUCUGGGUGAAACAACCAGAGCUUGGCUGGACAAAGGACAAUAAGGUCAUUGCGGGAGUUGAUGCUACCGAGGCCGGCCUUGUCAGGAUUGCGAAGCUAAAGGAACUCCCAAGCAAUAUCGUCCCUCCCGAGACGGCUCCUGCUGAGGAGGCGCUCCCUAUCCGCAUCGCUCACAAGUCGAGCACCAAAGAGAAUGGCCUGCCUGCAGCCUCGACAGCUGUGGACUCUGUGCCCAAGAAGGCUGCUUCUGACACACCUGCGGCUGGGACGGCCGCCACUGAGCGCAAGGAGGCGGACAUCCUGGCGACACCAAAUGCCCAAGCUGAGAAGGGCGAGAAGAAGACGAGGAAGAAGCGUGACAAGGCUGCUGCUGCGGCGGCCGCGGCGGCCGCUGCUGCUGAUAGAACCAGCGUUGAGGCUGCGCAAACGAACGGCAGUAUGGCUUCCACUGCUUCGAGCACGCCCAGGAACGACGGCAAGGCCUCGUCCGCGUUGUCUCCCGAAUCAAUCCAGGGGGUUGUUCAGCAGGUCGUUUCCAGCUUGUCGACAAGUGUUUCGCAGAUUGUGUCAACUGAGAUGAAGGAUCACCGUGCAAGCCUGGAACAAGAUUUUGCCGCUCGCGAGUCCAACUUUAUGAAGAAGCAGAAAGAGCUUCUCGAGUUGGUGUCGAGCGUCCUGAACGACAACGUUCAGACUGUCCUGACCAAGCUCAUUAACGAUCAGUUUGAUGAGAGCGUUGUUCCUCAGCUCGGCCCUCUGAUUUCCAAGACGAUCACGGAGCAAUUGGACAGCAAGAUCGGCGGGAAGGUGUCGCACUCGGUCCAGAACCAGAUGCAGAAGCUCCUGCCCUCAGCUGUCGCGCAGGCUCUGCAGAAGCCUGAGCUAUCCAAGGCAAUCUCGGAUAAGGUCGUCAGCAGAGUCGCAUUGGAUAUGGAGGCGUCCUUCCAGCAGACCUUGAUGAACACGAUCACGCCCAUAUUUGGUGAUAUGGCUGUUGCUGCAUCUCGGUCAAUGAUCCAGGACGUCAGGGUCCAGACUGCGGCCCAGAUUGAGGAGCUCGAGCAACGCCACAUCGCCGACAGCAAGAAGAUUGAUCAGCUGACGGCACUCGUUUCUCGACUUUCGGAUACUGUGUCCGCAAUGGCUACAACACAGGCUCAGUUUCAAGAUAGCUUCUUGAAGAUGCAGGACCAGAUGUCUCUGCGUCAAGGCGCGCCUGGCCACCAGCAGAUUGCGCCUUCACAAUAUUCGCAGGGGUACGACUCUCCCGCGAGCAACCCUAACAGCCGCGCACUCGUGCCGUACCCAACAAAAGCUCAGAGCAACAUCGACCAUGAGCUGCAAGAUCUGAUCGGCAAUAUUGCUUCACACAUGGAGGCCGGAGACUACGAGACGGCACUUGUCCGUUGGCUGCAAGGAGAGCGCAAGCAGGAGGUCUUUGACCAGUACAUUGUCAAGUUCAAGGCCAACUUCCUACAGGAGCUCCCUGCACUGGUACUCCUUUCAGUUGGCUCCGUCAUCUCCGAGAACCUCGAGCACUCGCACACCCGUGACAAGGUCAACUGGCUCGAGAUCAUUCUCCACAAUCUACUAUCGUCUAUGCCGCAUAUUGAUUCUCAAGUUCGCGAGGUCGUCCCGAAUAUCAUGGGCCAGUUCGUGUCCAGACUGGAGCACCUGUAUCUGCAAAUCAGUAGCCGUGCGCCAAACGACAACAUUCUGAAGCACAUCUCUUCGAUGGUGAACAUGGCCAACCGUGUUCGCGAAGCAGCUCGUCACCACAACUACUAG